UCCUUCCAGAUGGCCAGAAGCAGCGUUUCUCCUGCUAGCCUGGCUCCUGUUGGAUGCCACCCUGUCAGCUACUCUGGUGUUCGGGAUGCCAGUAAAGGAGAAGAGAGGCUGGACCCUCAACAGUGCUGGCUACCUUCUGGGCCCACAUGCCAUUGACAACCACAGAUCAUUUAGUGACAAGCAUGGUCUCACAGGCAAGAGGGAGCUACAACUGGAAGUGGAGGAAGAGAGACCGGGAAGCAUUGACAGCCCCCUGCCUGAGAGCAACGUUGUACGCACCAUAAUGGAGUUUCUGAGUUUCUUGCACCUUAAAGAGGCCGGUGCCCUAGACAGCCUGCCUGGCCUCCCCUUGGCCACCUCUUCAGAAGAUCUAGAGCAGUCCUGAGACCACGCCCACUGGGCAUUUGUGUCUUGUGAUGUAAUUCAAAGUCACUCUAGGCAAAGAAGAGUCUUCUGCCAAUUCCUCAAGCAAACCCUCUGUUCUCUGCUUUGAUGCUGUUAUUGUGUUAUAAUUAAGAUGUUUUGAUUGGAGUAAUUAUAUUGUGUGAUACAAUAAAAACUAGCAAGUAUAUGGGGCGGUUUGGUUCUUCUAUGCUGCAGUCCAUUACUACCACCUCCAGUGUGGUUAUUAUAGUGUGUGUGUGUGUGUGUGUGUGUGUGUGUGUA